GUCAGGAGCAUGUCUACGGCCAAUGCCACGUUCUCUCUCCCCUUCACGGAACCCGGCAAGACGAGCACCUCUUAAGACUUCGUUCAGACAUCACUGCAUGGGAAUGUCGAGCUAAUGCCGCGAAAUUCACCAGCAAAGUACGCCAACAUGGCGCGCAUUGCCGGCGGCCUUCAGAAACUCCACACCGUGUUCCUCUCGCUGGCAGUCCUAUCCCUCCUUCCCUUCGCAGCAUGCAGUCCCCAGAUCCGGCACCGCACCCCCAAAGCCCUGGUCAUUUCUGUGUCCGCUCUCUCCUCCCUCAGCAGGGGUAUGACCUCCCUUCAGCUGGAGUUGCUUGAUGAUGGCGCGGGAGACCCGAAUAUUGACAACCCCGCCGACUCCAAGCUCACCAAGAUGUGUCUGCGCAUUGCCUGCGCCGUAUCUUCAAGUUCUGGGGUUGUAGUUUCUUCUGCUGGGUCUUUGUCCAUCCGGGGUUGGGGGCUGCGUCUGGACAGUGGCUGGAUGUCGUGAAUUUGAUUGGGCUGACCGCGGUUGUGGUGGGCAUCUUGAACGCUGAAUCAAGUCUGUUUGGGGGUUUGUUUUUUUCGUCGGGGGACGGCCAAGGGGAUGCGGGUGUGGAGAUGGGCAGAAGGAGAAGAGAUGCUGAGGAGAGUCAGAGCGUGAGGGAUGGGAGAAGGGGGGAUGAGGAGGAGGAUCGGAGCCAAGCAAAUGGCCGUAGUGGGGAUGGCGAU